UCCCUCAGCCCGGCGUGUGCUGAGCCCUCGGGUGGCUGCCAGUGCCGGCCACACGUCGUGGGGACAGCCUGUCAGGAGCCUGAAAAAAACUAUUAUUUUCCUGAUCUGCACCACAUGAAGUUUGAGAUUGAAGAUGGUACUACUGUCACGGGAAGGGAAAUUCGGUUUGGCUAUGAUCCUCAGGAAUUUCCUAACUUCAGUUGGAGAGGAUAUGCCCAGAUGUCCUCUAUACAAAAUGAAGUGAGGAUAACUUUGAAUGUGGACAAAUCAAACCUCUCCUUAUUUCGCAUUAUCCUGAGGUACAUUAACCCUGGAGGUGAAACAUCUGGUCGCAUAUCUGCUUGUCAGUCUGGGCCUGAAACAGGGACUUCUCAGAGCAAGGAGUUUGUCUUCCCACCAAGCAGGGAGCCAGCUUUUAUCACAAUCCCAGGAAAAAGUUCCACAGAGCCUUUCUCACUGGUUCCGGGCAUGUGGACUAUCAGUAUAACAGCAGAAGAAAUCCUCUUGGAUUACAUGGUGCUGUUACCUAGUGAUUACUACAAGGCAUCCAUCUUGCAGAUACAAGUUACAGAACCUUGCACCUAUUCAGGACGUGCUUCAACAGAUCACUGCUUGCUCUAUCAGCAUUUGCCCUUGGGAAGAUUUUCCUGUGUCCUUGGUUCAGAGGCAGCAUAUUUCAGACAUGGGGGAGAAUACAGAAGAACACCUGUGCGACAGCCAGCUCCGGAUCAACCAGUGAUGACCCAUAUCAGUGGAAGAGAGGUCAAUUUACAGAUAAACAUAAAUGUUCCACAAGUGGGUCGUUAUGUUCUGGUUUUUGAAUAUGCCAACGAAGAGGAUCAGUUGUACACUGCCAAGAUAAUAAUACAUAGCCCUGGACCUGUCACUGAAGGCAGACUGAGAAUAUAUAGUUGUAAAUACAGUUUCCUCUGUCGCAGCGUUGUAGUUGACGACAGGAAUCGCUUGGCAGCCUAUGAUCUUCUAGCAGAUACAAAGAUACACCUUAAGGCAUCAUCAAUUAAUUUUCUUCUGCACAAGGUCUGUAUUAUAUCAGCUGAAGAAUUUUCUCCAGAAUAUGUGAGUCCUAAAGUGCAGUGCAUAGCUGCUUACAGGAGUACCCGUGAUGGAAGUGCAACAUGCAUUUCCUCAGUGCAUGAAACUCCACCAGCAGCUUUGGUUUUGGAUGCAUUCAAGGAUGGGAGAAUUUCCAAAGUAUGGAGAAAUAUCAUCCAUGAUCCACUGAGUGCCCUUUUAUCUUCUAACUCCAUUAAUGGAGUCACCUUGACAUCAUUACAGAACCAGGUUACCUUAAGUGGCAGAGUGCCCCGCUUGGGCAGAUACGUAUUUGUGGUACAUUUUUACCAGCCAGCAUACCCCAUGUUCCCCGUGCAAGUACACGUGGAUGCAGGACAUGUGUGGUCAGGUUCCUUCAAUGCUUCAUUCUGCCCUCAUACCUCCGGCUGCCGGGAUCAGGUCGUUGCAGAGAAUAAAAUUGAGCUUGACAUUUCUGAACCUGAGGUCUCUGUUACAGUGAUGAUACCUGAUGCAAGAAUGCUGGUUCUGGAUUAUGUCUUAGUUGUUCCAGCAGACACCUACAGUUACAAAAUUCUUGACAAAAAGACAGUGGACAAGUCAUUUGAUUUUAUCAGCCAAUGUGGAGGAAACAGUUUUUAUAUUGACCUAGAAGGAUCAUCAGCCUUCUGUAAGGACUCGGUGAGGUCACUAGUGGCUUUCUACAACAACGGAGCCCUGCCCUGUGACUGCCACAGAGCAGGUGCCAGGAGCCCUACUUGCAGCCCCCUGGGAGGACAGUGCAUUUGCCGGCCUCACGUCGUCGGCCGCCAGUGCAGCCGGUGCCAAACUGGCUACUAUGGCUUCCCAUUCUGCAAGUUGUGCAGCUGUGGGCAGCGUCUUUGUGACGAUGUGACCGGUAAUUGCAUUUGCCCUCCACAUACUGUUAAACCAAAGUGUGAAGUGUGUGAGAAACAUUACUUCAACUACCACCCUCUUGUUGGCUGCGAGAGCUGCAACUGUUCAGAACGAGGAGUCGUUCAUGUGGCAAGGCCAGAAUGUGAAAAAAACAGUGGGCAAUGCAAAUGCAAACCAGGAAUAAAAGGACGACAGUGUGAUCAGUGUGCUCCUGGUACUUAUGGUUUCCCAAACUGCGUGCCAUGUAACUGCAACAGAGAUGGAACAGAACCAGAUGUUUGCGAUCCCCAGACAGGAAUUUGUCUCUGCAAGUUUGUGGACAUGAGGAGCUGGCGCUUGGAGGCAGAGGAUGAAAAUAUUGACAUUCCGGUCACUUUCAAUCCAGUCAGUAAUAGUGUAGUGGCUGAUGUUCAAGAAUUGCCUGCUUCAGUGCAUACUUUGUACUGGAGAGCACCUCCAUCUUACCUAGGAGAGAAGCUUUCUUCAUAUGGUGGCUUCCUAAGUUACCAAGUGAAAUCUUUUGGUUUACCUAGUGAGGGCAUGGUUCUUCUGGAUAAGAGACCUGAUAUUCAACUAACAGGCCAGCAGAUGAAAGUUGUCCAUAUGGAUCGCAACAGCCCGCUGCCUGACCGUCAGUAUUACGGCCGCGUGCAGCUAGUUGAGGGAAACUUCAGGCAUGCCAGCAGUGAUAACCCUGUAUCCAGAGAAGAACUGAUGAUAAUCCUGUCUAGACUAGAUGGCUUACACAUCAGAGGCCUUUACUUCACGGAGACUCAGCGACUGACCCUCGGUGAGGUUGGGCUGGAAGAAGCCACCAAGGCAGGGAGCGGCAGCAUCGCCCACAGUGUGGAGACCUGCUCCUGCCCUCCUGAGUACGCUGGUGACUCAUGUCAGGAAUGUGGCAUCGGAUUUUAUCGUGAGAAUAAAGGAUUGUUAACUGGACGCUGUGUGCCCUGCAGCUGCAAUGGAAAUUCAAACAGGUGUCAGGAUGGUACUGGAAAAUGUAUUAACUGUCAGUAUAAUACUGCUGGGGAGAAAUGUGAGCGCUGUAAAGAUGGUUAUUUUGGAGAUGCCACUCAAGGUUCCUGUCGAGUGUGUCCUUGUCCUUAUACAAACAGAUUUGCAACUGGCUGUGUAGCAAAUGGUGAAGAAAUUCAGUGUCUCUGCAAAGAAGGCUAUACCGGAAUUCGCUGUGAACGCUGUGCUCCAGGAUAUUUUGGAAAUCCACAAAAAUAUGGAGGCUACUGUCAGAAAUGUAAUUGUAAUAAUAAUGGACAGCUGGCUAGCUGUGACCACCUGACUGGAGAAUGUUUCAAUCAUGAACCAAAAGAUGUGGAUCCAAAUGAAGAUUGUGACACUUGUGAUAGCUGUGUAAUGACACUGCUGAAGGAUUUGACCACGAUAGGUGACGAGCUGCAGCUGAUUAAGUCUCAGCUGCACAAUGUCCACGUGAGUACCAACACACUGGAGCAGAUGAGACGUCUGGAAACACGCAUCAAGGACUUAAAGGUCUUACUGAACAAUUACCGUUCUGUUGUUCAUAAUCAGGGUUCAAAGAUAGAUGAGUUGGAGACAGAAUUCACUAACCUAAAUAAUGAUUUAAAUGCUCUCCAGGAAAAGGCUGAAAUGAACUACGAAGCAGCUGAGAUGUUAUUUAAUAAUUUUGGCCAAACUCAUCAGAAAGGAAAGGAUUUGUUUUCACGAAUACAAAUAGUUGUCAACAAUAUACAAGUGCUCUUGGAACAGAUAGCUGGUACAAAUGCAGAAGGUAACAACCUGCCCUUGGGAGAUGCUGCCAAGGAACUGGCCGAAGCUCAACGCAUGAUGACAGAAAUGCGAAACCGCAACUUUGGCCAACUUCAAGCAGAGGCAGAGAAGGAGAGAACAGCAGCUCAGCUGUUACUGACACGUAUUAAGGAUGAACUACAAAAGUACCACCAAGAAAAUCAUGGGCUUAUUAAAAUCGUGAGGGAUUCAUUGAAUGAAUAUGAAUCCAAAAUUACUGACCUUCGUGAAGCUCUGAAUGAAGCAACAGGACAAAUCAAGCAGGCUGAAAACUUAAACAGAGACAAUGGAGUUCUCUUGGAAGACAUUAAGAAACGGAUUGAGGAGACAAAUGGACAACAGAACAUUAUCUUGGAUAUUCUGAGCUCUGCCCGAUCUUCCCUGAUGCAAGCUAGCAGUGUGCUGGGAUUAUUGCAGAAGAGCAAAGAGGAAUAUGAAAGCCUGGCUGCUCAGCUGGAUGGAGCGAGGAAGGAUAUGAAUGAAAAGCUGACAAAUCACUCCCUAUCGGCAAGCAAAGAACCGUUGGUGGUGAGGGCUGAGGAACAUGCCAAAUCUUUGCAAGACCUGGCAAAACAACUGGAAGAAAUAAAGAACAGUGCCAGGAAGGAUGAGCUGGUAGGCUGUGCUGUGGAAGCUUCUACUGCCUAUGACAACAUUAUUAAUGCCAUCAAAGCAGCAGAGGAAGCAGCCAACAGAGCUGGGGAUGCAGCUGACUCAGCUUUAUCAACUGUGAAGAGAGAGGACCUAUCAGGAAGAGCUACAAAGUUAAAAACUGAGAGCAGUACACUCUUGAAUCAAGCACAGGAGACUAAAAGGAAAUUGCAAGCUCUGGGUCCAACACUUGAAGACAUGAAGCAAAGACUUGAUGUUGCUGAUGGAAAGAAGAAUACACUGCAAACUGAUCUUGUCUCUCUUCAAAACAAUCUCAAUGGGAUAAACAGAGAUGACAUGGACAGCAUCAUCACCAGUGCAAAGAACAUGGUAAAAAGUGCUGAUGAUGUCACAACUAGUGUAUUGGACGAACUGCGCCCAAUUCAAGGAGAUGUGGAAAAAAUGAAGAGUACCUAUGGAAGCACACAGAGUGCUGGCUUCAGUAAAGCAUUGAUGGAGGCAAACAAUUCAGUAAAAAAAUUGACAAACAAACUUCCAGAUCUGUUCAGUAAGAUUGAGAGUAUCAACCAACAGCUGAUGCCAAUAAGCAACAUCUCUGAGAAUGUAAAUCGCAUAAGAGCACUGAUUCAGCAAGCAAGAGAUGCUGCAAAUAAGGUUGCUAUCCCUAUGAGGUUCAAUGGCAGCUCUGGUGUAGAGGUUCGACCUCCAAGCGACCUCGAAGAUCUGAAAGGCUAUACUUCACUUUCUUUCUUUCUCCAAAGACCUCAGACAAGAUUAGACAUCCCACAGAGGGCAUCAAAUAAGUUUGUACUGUACCUGGGUAAUAAAGAUGCUUCCAGGGACUAUAUUGGUAUGGCUGUGAAAGAUGGUCACCUCACUUGUGUCUAUAACUUAGGAGAUGGUGAUGUAGAAAUAGAUGUGCAGCCAUUUGUGACUCAAAGCGAAACUGAGGAAGCCAUUAUGGAUCAAGUUAAGUUUGAAAGGAUCUACCAGUAUGUAAAGCUGAAUUACAUCAAAGGAGCAACAUCAGCUUCUCCAGAGUAUGCAAGCCCUUUGACUGCAAGCAGUGGAGGCAGUAACACACUCCUAAAUCUUGAUCCCAGCACCGUUGUCUUUUAUGUUGGAGGCUACCCACCAGAUUUUAGGCCUCCACGUAAGCUAGACUAUCCUCAUUACGAAGGCUGCAUCGAAUUAGACAGCCUAAAUGAGCAUAUUAUCAGCCUCUACAACUUCAAGAGGACAUUCAAUCUCAAUACCACUGAGGUGCAACCCUGCAGAAGGUAUAAAGAAGAGACUGACCAAAGCUAUUUCGAAGGCACUGGUUAUGCCAGUGUCACACUGAAAGAACCAAACACCCGCAGCAGAGUACGCUAUGAGCAGACAAUUGAAACUACUGCAGAUGAAGGCAUCGUGUUUUUUGCAGCCAAUGGGGAUCAGUUCAUCAGUGUGCUCAUUAAAGAUGGUCAUACAGUUUUUAGAUACAAAGUUGACUCUGAGCCUCCAAAAGAAAUAGAAACCAACAAGAUUGUAAAUGAUGGAACAUAUAAACAAAUUCAUUUGGUGCUUGCCCGAAGUACGAAUACUGUUCAUGUCAGUCCUGAUAUUAGAGCCAACAUAAAGGUCUUCCUUUUCACUAAGUACUACCUAGGUGGAAUUCCACCUUCUCUGCGGGAACGCUUUAAUAUAUCCACACCUCCAUUCCGCGGCUGCAUGAAGAAUGUGAAAAACCCUAAUACUGCAUCUGUUGUUUUUGACGAGACUUUUGGUGUCAGCAAAAAAUGUUCCGAUGACUGGAAGCUCGUCAGAUCUGCAGCUUUCUCUAGGAAGGGAACACUGAGCCUGAGUGCGGCGGAUUUCCCCUUUCCCAAGGAUUUCCAAGUUGGUUUUGGCUUUCAGACCACAGAAUCAACUGGAACACUCUUAAAUUACAAUUUAUGGCCUAAUAUUCUUACCAUCUUUCUGAGUCCUGGCCUUGUAACUGCAAAGAUGGGAGAGAAGGAAAUAGGACUGAAAAAGAAAUAUGAAGAUGGGUUAUUGCAUUAUGUGACAGUAAUAAAAACAGACAACAGGGUACGUCUGCUGGUUGAUGAGGAGUCGGAAUUAGCAUCAGUUGACUCUCCAAGACCACGUGCAUUGAUGCAGCCUAUACAAUUUGGUGGAGAUAAUUUUGAAGGCUGCAUCUCAAAUAUCUUUAUAAAAAGGGCAGGUCAGCUCCCUGAGGUUCAAAAUCUCGUUAAUUACACUGCCAAGACUGGUGUCUCCCUCGGAGCUUGCCGCGAAUAUGAGAGCCUUGAACCGCUGCUGCUGAAAGAGUUUAAAGAUCCUCUCAGGUCUAAGAUGCUCAAGAAUGAAAAAUACCUUGAUUAUUUGAAAGCCGCUAAUGUGCAAAACCACGCCUUACCAACUCCAUUAAAUGCCAGCAGUGAAGCCUAUCUUCUUGGAAACACACCCAGCAGUUUCAUAUCCUACAUGUUUGCUCCACCAUCAUCUACCAACAGGUUACAUUUUUCUGUAGAUGUACGGACUCGAUCAUCAAGAGGAUUAAUAGUUUUCAUGGGGGGAAGGUCUGAAGACUCUUACAUGGCUCUCCACAUUUCAAAAGGACGUUUUGUCUUUUCACUUGGCUCUGGAGGAAAACGAAUCAAAAUCAAAACCAGUGCUAAACACAAUGACGGGCAAUGGCACAUUGUGAUCUUCAGCAUAGAUGGGGAGAACGUCCGCCUUGUUGUCGAUGGUCUAAGGGCGCAGCACGGAAGGUUGCCAACAAACUUUGCCCUAAGUGUUAAGCCACCAAUCUAUGUGGGAGGGCUGCCAUCACUGAAAAGACAGAAUAUACCAAUGAACAGUUUCAAGGGUUGCCUGAGGAAUUUUAAGAUGAAUGGAAAAAUCAUGAAUGCUCCUCAGGAAGAAAAUGGCAUACUUCCAUGUCUGGAUGUUCCCGUGGACACGGGGAUUUCUUUCUUUAAUGAAGGAGGAUAUAUCACCAUUGGUAAUUUGCUGAUGGGCUUGGACUUCAGGAUUGUAUUUACCAUUCGACCAAGGACUUCAACAGGUGUGCUCCUUCAUGCUGGAAGCAAGCAAGACAAUUACUUGACUGUUUACAUGAAAGGAGGAAAAGUCAUUGCUGCUGGAAAUAGUGGUGCUGGAGAAUUCCAGACAUCAAUGACACCUAAGCAGCCUCUGUCUAAUGGACAGUGGCACACAAUUGCAGUCUCUCAGAGGAAGAACACGGUGCAGCUAGAGGUGGGCACACAGAGUAACUAUACCAGUGGACUUCCACUCUCUUCUCCUAGACACGUUCAGCAGCCACUCUACUUCGGCAAAAUUCCAGCAAACUUGGACACGCUGUGGCUUCCAGUUAAAGACCCAUUUUAUGGCUGUCUUCGGAAUAUUAAUAUCAAUGACAAACAUGUCUCCACCAGAAGAAUUUCAGAGGUUCAUGGUGUAGUGAGUUUGCACGGGUGCCCGGCGAAGUAACUUUGCUGUUAGGGCACUUGUACAUAGACCACACUGGGUCUGCUGAAGUACUGUGUGAAUUCAUGCAGUGUGGGUUUCCCUUCUGCUGAUCACCAUGUCACUGUCAUCAGGCUGGUUAUUCAGAGCAGCUGGUGAGCAAAUGGAUGUCAGCUGCACCAAAGCAAAUUAAAAGUGUUUGCUUUGAUAAACUCCCUGUUAAAUGUUACUGAUUUCCAAAGUAAUCUGUUGUGCCUUUUGAAAUACAUGCAGGAAAUACAAUUGUAUAUACCCUCCUGGGCCAAAUUCUGCUCUCACACACAACAGCAUAAACCUGAGUACUCCAGUGUCUCAAUUUUGAAAAUUUGCCUUAAUGCUGGUCAUCCUGAGAGCAAAUUUGAUCCACUAAUAUAAUGAGUUGUAUAAAACUAUAAAUCUCUUUGGAUUGAUGUUUAAACAGAAAUGUACAUUAGUGUUAAAAGUAAUAAUAAUAAAUAAUAAUAAUAUAAAUGGAGUUUGAAGCACUUUAAGGAGUGAAACUCUGGGAGUUUGUUACAAUGCUAGGAAUUCUGGGGCCAAAUAAAUGCAGUAUGUCCUUAAAACCACCCAUUUUCUUGUUUGGUUAUUUUAACUAAGUGUUUCUUCUUUUGUGCUUUUUACAGGCUGCUAAAUCCUGCCUGUUUAGGCAAAUAUUUCUGUAGCUUUAAGAAGCUGAUUUGCUGAAAAA